AUGGGCAAUGGGUCGGUGAAACCCAAGCACGCCAAGCACCCCGACGGCCGCGCGGGGCCCCCGGGGGUGCAGGCGCUGCGGGCCAGGGUGGCCGAGCUGGAGCGCGAGCUGCGGCGGAGGGAGGCGGACGUGCAGGCGCGCGAGGACCAGCUGAAGGAGCUGCGGGAGCAGCUGGCCAAGCAGACGGCGGCCGUGGCGGAGCUCACGGAGCAGCUGCAGGCCAAGUGCGUCCAGCUCAACCAGCUGCAGGACGUGGUGCGCUCGCAGGGCGGCGGCGCGCCGCAGGCCUCGCCCGGGAAGGCGCCGCUGGACGUCCACCGCGAGGCCUCGGGCUUGGUCUCCCUGCACAGCAGGCGGGGGGCAAAGGCCGGGGUGUCUGCGGAGCCCACGAGCAGGACCUACGACCUCAACAAGCCCCCGGAGUUCUCCUUCGAGAAGGCGAGAGUCAGGAAGGACUCCAGCGAGAAGAAGCUCAUUACAGAUGCCCUUAAUAAAAACCAGUUUCUAAAGAGACUGGAUCCUCAGCAGAUCAAAGACAUGGUGGAGUGCAUGUACGGGAGGAACUACCAGCAAGGCAGUUACAUUAUUAAGCAAGGAGAACCAGGAAACCACAUCUUUGUGCUAGCAGAGGGCCGACUAGAGGUGUUCCAAGGGGAGAAAUUUCUAUCAUCCAUCCCUAUGUGGACCACGUUUGGGGAACUAGCCAUUUUAUACAACUGUACAAGAACUGCCUCUGUGAAAGCUAUUACCAACGUUAAAACAUGGGCGCUCGAUCGAGAGGUGUUCCAGAACAUAAUGAGAAGGACGGCUCAAGCGAGAGACGAACAGUACAGAAACUUCCUCAGGAGUGUAUCCUUGCUGAAGAAUUUACCUGAAGAUAAACUAACCAAGAUCAUUGACUGCUUGGAAGUGGAAUACUAUGACAAAGGAGAUUACAUUAUCAGAGAGGGCGAGGAAGGAAGUACCUUCUUCAUCUUAGCAAAAGGAAAGGUAAAAGUCACGCAGAGCACAGAGGGCCAUGAUCAGCCACAACUGAUAAAAACACUGCAGAAAGGAGAAUACUUUGGGGAAAAAGCUCUUAUCAGUGAGGACGUCAGAUCCGCUAACAUUGUUGCUGAAGAAAAUGACGUGGCGUGCCUGGUCAUAGACCGAGAAACAUUCAACCAGACAGUCGGGACUUUUGAAGAACUCCAGAAAUACCUUGAAGGGUAUGUGGCCAACCUGACCCGGGAUGAUGAGAAAAGACAUGCGAAGAGAUCCAUGUCUAACUGGAAGCUGUCCAAAGCACUCUCGCUGGAGAUGAUUCAGCUGAAGGAGAAGGUGGCCAGAUUCUCCUCCUCAUCCCCAUUCCAGAACCUUGAGAUUAUUGCAACACUGGGCGUUGGUGGGUUCGGAAGAGUUGAGCUUGUUAAGGUGAAGAACGAGAAUGUGGCUUUUGCUAUGAAGUGCAUACGGAAGAAGCACAUCGUGGACACGAAGCAGCAGGAGCAUGUGUACUCCGAGAAGAGGAUCCUGGAAGAGCUGUGCUCUCCCUUCAUUGUGAAAUUGUAUCGCACUUUCAAGGACUCUAAGUAUGUGUACAUGCUUCUGGAGGCCUGCUUAGGUGGGGAGCUGUGGAGUAUAUUAAGGGACAGGGGCAGCUUCGAUGAAGCCACCUCCAAGUUCUGCGUCGCUUGCGUGACUGAAGCGUUUGACUACCUGCACCGACUAGGUAUCAUCUACAGAGACCUGAAGCCAGAAAACUUAAUCCUAGAUGCUGAGGGUUAUCUUAAGUUGGUUGACUUUGGAUUUGCUAAGAAAAUAGGAUCUGGACAGAAGACAUGGACAUUCUGCGGAACUCCAGAGUAUGUAGCUCCUGAAGUCAUUCUCAACAAAGGACAUGACUUCAGUGUGGAUUUUUGGUCUCUGGGGAUUCUAGUGUACGAGCUCCUAACGGGCAACCCUCCCUUUUCUGGGAUUGACCAGAUGAUGACCUACAAUUUGAUUCUCAAAGGAAUUGAAAAAAUGGAUUUUCCCAGAAAGAUCACAAGAAGACCUGAGGAUUUGAUUCGGAGGCUUUGCAGGCAAAAUCCAACAGAAAGACUUGGAAAUCUGAAGAAUGGAAUCAAUGACAUUAAGAAACACAGGUGGUUGAAUGGUUUUAAUUGGGAGGGCCUGAAAGCACGGAACCUUCCAUCACCUUUGCAGAGAGAGCUCAGUGGACCCACAGACCACAGCUACUUUGACAAGUAUCCCCCUGAAAAAGGAGUGCCUCCGGAUGAGCUGUCAGGCUGGGAUAAAGACUUUUGACAGAAGAAAAGAUGAUUAUUGUCUCUACAUCCAGAAGAGGACUCUAAGGACCAAUAAUCCAGCAGUGAUCGCUUCUCUCUUUGGAGUGUUAUGAUGUCUCUGGGGAGACCAUUAGGGAAGAGAAUUCCCUGCCCCUGAGUGGGGGGCAGUGUGGAUAUGAAGGUGGUUCUGAGCUAUAAUGUCUCAUUUAGAUGCUCUGAAUUAAUCAUGUAUUCUAUUAUUUGCUCUUCUCAAAUGUUGGAGGCCAUUCUCUUCCCCUCUCAACAGUCAGAACCAUUUUUGUUGACAGGGCAUCAUUUUCUCUGUGUUCUAUUGCUCCAUCCCAAUCACACUUGUCUCCUUUGAGUCCUAAUAAGGUUUAAAAAGUGUCUUGCCUUUGAGCAACUAAGUCCUGCAAAUGGAAGGAAGAACAAGGGUGAACUUUGGAAGACUUCUCCUGCUCUCAACAAUUCCAUGUAAGCAUUGUGGCAUCUUAAAGACGUGGUCUGCAGAAACUUGCGUAGUCGAUAUAAGCUCUUGAUUUCCCCCUGCAUUCAACCUAGAAACAUAUUAACAUGCAUCUAAUACUAGUCUGGGGAAAGGUCAGUUUAAGUAUUAGUCAAUGGUGCCACUUCCGAGAAUAAAUGAGUUAUCUCACCCAGCCAGUAAUCAUAGUCCAAUGGGGAACUUGGAAAAAAUAAAGCAAAAAAAAAUUUUUUUUUGUUUUCCUGUGACCAGCUGUGAUACAUCAGAGACUUUCUCAAAGCCUUGCUAAAGGUAGUUAUAAUGUGGGGUCAAGUGAUGGGCCUUUGGUAGACUUUUGUCUUAUAUAUUAAGUAGUUUCACAAUCAAAGUAGAAAACACGCAGGCACAAAAUUGUGAAGGCUUCUCUUUCCCAUUAAAUAUGGAUAGAAUAACUUCUCAUAGGUAAGGUUGCUGACUCUUCAAAACUGAGAUAUUUUGGCCAGUUCUGUGUUUGUUGCCAUUAAUAAAUCAAGAAUACAGAAUAACCACAGUUAAUUUUUAAUGAAAAUUUCAUUGGCUCAUGUUGAUGCCCUGUAAUCACUGUUGCAUCAAUAACUCUUUUUAAAGAGAUUUGAGUCACAAAUGUGUUUAUAAUUUUAGAUUUGUAAGGUAGGCAAGCCUCGGGGAAGUGAUGGGACUUCGGUAAAAGGGACAUCCAGCACAUGCCCUCCUGUCUCCUCACAAUCUUCCAGAUGAUGAAUAGACUAGUUUCAAUGACACUGGAUACCAGCGCCGAAGAACUUCACUAGAGAAUGUUGUCAGGCAUCGACCGUGAACCCACCAAAUGGAUGGGAAGUAGACUUUCUCUGUAUCUUUUUGAUCUGGCAGAGUAAAAAUAACAUCAAAGUUCCUGCAUUAUUCAAGCUUCUGGUUAUAUUUUCACAUACGAAUGUUCUAUGGGAAAAGCAACUUCUACCCACUCUCCACCCAUAUUUUCAGCAUUCCAAAACAGUCAGCUGUAUGCUUCCUGAAGAGUCAAAGCAGUUAAGUGAGGCCCAACCCAAGAGGGUACAUCCUUAACAAAUUGAAUUUCCACAUUUAGAGAAUCCUUUUGCUGAACCAAAGAAUUUUUGUUUUCUGGAGUAGUAUUUUUAAAAGAUUACGUACUGUACAUAGAUGAACCAUUUUUAAUAGGAUCAACAUAACCUGCUUAAUGAAUUUCUAAGAUUUUUAAAGAUUUUUAUUUGCAUUUGGUUUGUAAGCAUUGUAUGUUUUUCCAUGUAUAUAUUUUUAAAUUACCCACCUAUAAAUGUAGAAAAUUUAUGCAUUGGAUGGAUAUUAGAACUCUAUAGUUAUAACAGCAAUGAUAUUCUCAGAGGAGAUCAAGAAUUGUAAUUCAAAAAAGACUUACAGAUAUACAAAUAAAAACCAACCUAGAGUACUACA